AUGCAAAUCUGCGUCGGGGAGGAUUCGAAAUGGAUCGCGCGUUCUCCUCUUCUCGGUGGCCGCGUGAAGAUGGUGCAAGCCUUCAAAGGGAAAAAGGCCGGAUGGGCCGAUGUGAGCGGUCGGGGGAUCCGCGCUAGGCGGACGCCGACCUUCAGCUGCUCCUCCCGCCCGCAAUUUAAUGCGGGCAGCGUCCACUCUCCUAUUUCCGAUCUGAUACUACUAUUCAUUGCGCUUCCUUCUCCUCAUCUCACCUCUCCAAUCUCACUUGUCAAUCACUGCGGCAGGUGGUCAACGGACCCUGGGAGGGUCUCAGUCGUCAUCCCUACAGCUGCUUCUCACUUCGAAGCUGUUGGUCGCUCAACUUCCAAUUGGCUCACGGUUCAGAUCGGCUCUAUCUAUGUUUCCCUGAUUGGCUAUGGUUGUCAGACUUGGGAUCGUCAUAGGGAAUUAGAAAUCUUGCAUUUACGCGCCAAACAAUGCCGAAUUUAUCGCCCAAGGAAUUCGUCGCUGUCUUCAGAAUCACAUGAGUCAGAACGCCUCACUGAUGGAAAUCAUUGUCGACACCGACCUGCUUAUGUUCCGCUCGCGACACCAUUCUGCAUCGUGAUGGCGGAGAUGUACUCGGGGCUCCACGUGGGCCAACGUUUCAGCUCGCUGGAGGAAUUUAAAGGACUGGUUCGAAGUAUUUCCGUGAGACAACACUGGGAGCUUCGAGUGACCAGAAGCAACAAGAAAAGCGUUGUCAUCGGCUGUCGAUCUUCGAACAAUUGCUACUUUCGUGUUGUGUGCCGCGCGAACAAGAAUGCAACUUACAUCAGCAGCCUCCAGGACAGCCACAGUUGUCGUCGCAAUGCCACUUCAACCUCGAAGACACCAGCUCGAUCGGAGGCAUCGCAUGUGCGGUUCCUCCUGACUGAAAUCCCCAAACUAUUCGACAUGAAAAACAAAAUCAGGGCGCAAGACGUUGUGGACGCUGUGAAGCGAUACCAUGGCUAUGACAUCUCAAUGCGACAAGCGCAACGAGCUCUUAUCCGCCUACAGCAACAUGAAGCGCAAAACCAGAGCGAGGGCACCAACACUCAUGACUCUAGUGGAGAUGACCGACAGGACAGCCAACCGCCUCCUUUAGAGAGUCAGGCGGAGAGUUCGACUUUCGGCAGUCUCUCUAGUCAAAGAUGGAUUACAGACACUCUCCAAACCACCAUCAUGGAAAACAUACCUCAAGAUGAGGUUCACCGGGAUCAAACUAUUUCGGCAUCACAACUUCACGGCCAACCUGUACAUCCGCCGCCUCAGGUACAUCACCAGGCGCAACCCACACAACCAGCGCCGCCGGCUGAGGUCCUGUCACCAGAACAGACACCCCUAGGUCAUAGCCUGCAUCACCCUGCAAGUUCCCAGCAGUCUCCUUAUUCAGUCCCUGCUCCUGAUGCAGCACCACCUUCGGACGCUGGGCGCCCAAAGAAUCCGACUCAACCGCGACCAAAUGAUGGGCAGCUUACCAGCCCACCAUUCGUUCUGACCAACUUCAAAAUCGAGUUUACUUGCGCCACAUGUGGUGCUCCAAACCAAAGCUUCUUUCCUAACCACGGCAACGUCACUGGUGGGCAUUAUGCCCCCCAGCAUACUGUUCCUAGUCAGGGCGCAACUUCAGCCAGUGCGGGCCCUUCGAUACAAUCGAUUCAAAACAGUGAUGGUAGUAGCCGCGCCGGAGGCGGUCCAGCGUUUGAAGGUACCUCUGUGGCAAGCACACGUGGCGUACAGCAGCCUUGGACAGCAAGAACCAUGGAAGUUCCACUUACACAUGCGCAUCCAUAA